CAACUAUGGAACCAACAAAGAGGAAUUCAAAGAACAAAAGCAAAAGGUACCAUGGAGACCAAGCCAAUCCAAUCAGUCAACAAGGCGAUCACGAGAGAUUGCAUAAUCCAAAAGAUUAUACCAGCUAUUAAGUCUAAAUGGCCACCGAAUGUAUGCAAGAAGAUACUCAUUCAACAAGACAAUGAAAAGCCACAUAUCAACCCCACUGAUUCAAAGUUUCAGGCAAUUGCAAACAAAGAUGGAUUCAAAUUCCAAAUCAUUUGCCAACCUCCUAAUUCUCCAGACACUAAUGUCUUGGAUUUGGUUUUUUUCACAGCAAUUCAAUCUCUGCAGGAUGAUAAAAUUGCUACAGGGGUGGAUGACUUGGUGAACAAUGUGUACAGUUCCUUUGAAGAACUUAGCCCACACACCCUCAACAAUGUUUUCCUAUCUCUUCAAGGUUGCUUAACAGAGAUAAUGAAAGUGCAUGGAGGGAAUGGAUACAAACUUCCACAUAUGAAGAAGGCUAGGUUAUCCAGGUUGGACUCGCUGCCAAUCACUUUAGAGGUCGAGGAAGAGCUUGUUAAGGAAACUCUGGAAUACCUCCAACUUCCCGAAAACAACAUUGGUGCAACUUAUGACAUUUCACAUAUCAGUGAAGCUCUAGGAUUCUAGUGGAUCAAAGAGCAAAGUUUUUUUUGUCAGUUGGCUUUGUAAGCCUCAAAAUUAGGUGUGGCUUAAAAUGUGAACUGAUUUUUUUGUCUAUUUUUUGUAAAGCCUCCAAACCUAUGUAAGGGGUGACUUAUAAAAUCCUAGUCCCUCAGAUAUUUUGUCAUCAUUGGGUAGCCUCCUAUCCUGUUUAAGGGGUGGCUUGUAAAGCUCUUUCAUUCUCAAAUAAGCCUCCUAACCUAUUAAAGGGGUUGCUUAGAAUGUA